AUGGUUCGCGAUAAUGAGAGAAAGUGGGAUAAGAGAUUUAAAUUAUCGAAAUCUGAUAUUGCCGAACAUAAUCGUUUAUAUGAUGAAGAAGGGGAACGUCAUGCUCAAUAUGUAAGGAAUAUCGAAGAGAGAAAACGUAGAGAACGUGAGGAAAACGAAGAAAGGGAACGUAUAAAGUGUGAGGAACAAAGGAAAUGGGAUUAUGAUUAUCAUAGAUUUGAAGAUAGACAACAAUUCAAUGAUUUUAUUGGAAGGUGGUAA